CACUAGUAGAAUAAUCACGUAACUGUCUAGUGUAUUUGGUGUUUGGUUAUGAGCAGGUUGCGUUCAGCGAUGCUUAAAGGUAAGAGAGCCGGACUGAAGAUGGUAGAAACAGCAAAACCGAAGCGGAAAAACUCAAAGACCGCCGUGAAAGAAGAGGAAAAUGCGUCCUCAGCAUCCACAUAUCACACUUUCCACGAUCCUGCUGGCGUGGAGCUGCUGCGCUCUCAGCUCCUCAGCUGGUACGACAAGGAGCAGAGAGAGCUGCCCUGGAGGACUCUGGCUGUGACAGAGUCCGACCUCAACAUCAGAACAUAUGCAGUGUGGGUUUCAGAAAUCAUGCUGCAACAGACCCAAGUUGCCACAGUCAUAGACUAUUACAACAAAUGGAUGAAGCGAUGGCCCACAGUGCAGGAUCUUGCAGCUGCUACAAUAGAGGAGGUGAACCAGAUGUGGUCAGGUCUUGGCUACUACUCCAGAGGGAAAAGGCUACAUGAAGGAGCUCAAAAAGUGGUGUCGGAGCUGAAGGGGCAGAUGCCUCGCACCGUCGACAGCCUGCUGAAGCAGCUGCCUGGAGUAGGACGCUACACGGCUGCAGCUGUAGGCUCUAUUGCACUGGGCCAGGUCACUGGAGCUGUGGAUGGCAAUUUGAUUCGGGUGCUGUGCCGCCUGAGGGCCAUCGGAGCUGACAGCACAAGUCCUGCAGUAACAGAGGCGCUCUGGAGUCUAGCCAAUACACUAGUGGACCCCGAGAGACCCGGGGACUUUAACCAAGCCAUGAUGGAGCUGGGAGCUCGAGUGUGUACCCCUAAAGGAGCGCUGUGCAGCCAGUGUCCUGUACAGUCUCACUGCCACUCUUUCCGCAAGGUUCAAGUCAAACAAGAGAAAAACUCCAGGAAGCUGUUGGGGAAGCUGGACAGCUGGUCCACCCUCCCUGAUAUAGAAGACUGUCUGACCAGCGGGACAUGUCCUUUGUGUCCCUCUGAGCCCUGGGACGAUGACUUGGGUGUCCAGAACUUCCCCAGAAAGCCGGCAAAGAAGCCGCCUCGAGUGGAGCGAACUCUGACCUGUGUGGUGGUCCGACAGGGAGAGACGGGGGAGGACCAGUUCCUGCUCACACAGAGGCCAAACAAAGGUUUGCUGGCAGGUUUGUGGGAGUUUCCGAGUCUCCUGCAGGAGGAGCAGAGCUCUGAGAUCAGACAGAAGAGGGCGCUGUGUGCCCAGAUCAGCGGGCUACUGGGAACCAGUCUGAGCCAGAGCCUCCUCCAGUAUGUGGGAGAGGUGGUUCACAUCUUCUCCCACAUCCACCAGACGUACGUGGUUCACAGUGUGUGUUUGAAGGACUCGGACUCACAAACACAGACUGAAAAUGUUCAGUGGCUCACCAGGUCCGCUCUGCAGGAGGCUGCUGUGUCCACAGGAGUGAAAAAGAUUUUGAAGCUUUGCGACUCUGCGGACAGUCAAAAAGAGCAAACCUCUAAAGAUGGGAAAAGGCCAAAGAAUGAGAAGAAAGCACAGAGCUCAAAAAGAGCCAAACUGAGCUCAGCGAGCAGCAGACAGCUCUCCCUCAGCUCCUUCUUCAGCUCGGUUAAACAAGAAUCUUGAUGCUGUGAAACUUCUCAUACACGUGUUGCUACAUUACAUAUAAGUGUGUUCCCAUUGGUGGUUAUUAAAGACAAAAUGUCAUCAGUUUUUUAAAUGUUAUAAAAUGGGUUUUUUUAAAAGUAUAUAUAUUAUAUAAAGUGUCUUUUAAACCUUUUGAAUCAGCAGUAUCCUUUGUUUUGUAACAACCUCAUUAUAGAUAAUGUUUUAUUGCUAUAUGACUAGUCUUUCAUCUUAAUGUUUUAUUACAUAUAAUAAAUAUGUGAUGUUUUGUGUAACUUUGGAUAAUAAAGCCCAGACACAAGACAAACACCAGGUUUCAUGCCAGCUAAUAAAGUUUUAUUAUCUAUAUGUGUUUAUCAUGG